GGGCGAAGAGAGGGGUUCAUUCUGCUGGGUUCGCGGCAGCGUUCUCGGGCAAGGGUCAUUUGGGCGGGUGCAUCACGCGCUCGACAAACGCUUGUGCGCGGUGUUUGCCGUGAAGACCGUAGCCAUUCCGCGGGAGGCUGUUUGCGAUCCAGGAUUUCCUCGGCGUGUGCGCCUAUGGCCGAGCUUCGUGCAUUGGAGAACGAUAUGUCCAUUCUAAAGCGGCUGGGUCCGUCUCCGCACGUGGUGCGCUACCUUGGGGAUGACUGGACACGUGGCCACGACAGGUCAUCGGAGCGCAACCUGUUCCUAGAGCUGGCCAACGGGGGCAGCCUGGCUGACUUCUCGAAACGCUUCGGCGGACAGCUGGACGAGUCCAUGAUCGGGCGAUGUUGCCGAGGGAUAUUGCGUGGAUUGCAGCACGCGCACUCCCGAGGAGUGGUGCAUCGGGACGUCAAAGGUCAGAACGUCUUGGUGAUGGUCGACGAGGAGGGUGGGGUAACCGCCAAGCUGUCUGACUUCGGGGCUUCAUGUUGCGUCUGCGGGGAGCCUGGUGAUGACGUCGACAGUCAAUCGCAGGAUCCGUCCACUCAGAUUGUCUCUGAAUCGAAGGAGGAUGGCGGAGCAUGCCCAGGACGUCCCGUACGCCUCGCAGGAACCGUUGAGUGGAUGGCUCCCGAGGUAGCCAGCCAGAGCGACACGCUAGAAGGGUCUGCGGACAUUUGGUCGUUAGGAUGCACCGUGUCUCUGGAUUCAGGUGCUCCGCGGCAGGAGAGAACAGGGGUGUAGAGUAGCUAGUCCGGCCAUCUGCCGGUGAGUGGCGGUGGAGAUAAAUGCGUUUGGCAAAA